AUGCAUGUUUCAUUGAUUGAUCUUGCGGAUACUACUGGGGUGGAUUUAUAUCAUGUUGAGAAGCAAGCUCAGCAUGUAGUAUCGGAAGAUCCAGGGCUCAUGUUGAUUCAGGGGGAAAUUAUAUCACAAUCUUAUUGGGAUUCUGUAGCUGAAGAAAUCAAUGAGCGACUGCAGGAAUGCAGUCAAAUUGCUUUAGCUGAACUGGCUGCACAGUUACAUUUUGGCUCUAAGUUGGUGGCAUCUGUCUUGGAGCCUCGCCUAGGGACUUUGGUGAAAGGUAGGCUUGAAGGUGGGCAAUUGUACACACCUGCAUAUAUAGCGCGUGUCAGUGCCAUGGUUCGUGCUGCUUCUAGGGGUAUUGCUCAAAAUGAGUGUGUUGAUUCUUUCUUCUCACAGAACUCUUUUAUCAGCUAUGACACUCUGCAUAAACUUGAAAUUUCCCAGCCUAUUUAG